AUGGCACUCUAUCAAAAAACAAUUGAACAAUUCGAAACAAUACUCAAAUGUGAUAUGAUCGAUUUAAAAAAACUCAAAACGCUUGCAUUUAAUGGUUGUCCAGCUGAAAAUGGUAUUCGUAGUCUAACUUGGAAGAUUUUACUCAAUUAUCUUGUACUCGAUCGAACUAAAUGGUCAACACAUUUGAGUAAACACCGUGAAUUAUAUCGUGGUUAUAUUCGAGAAACAAUUAUAAAACCAGGUCUUCUAUCAACAUCAGAAUCUAAUGUAUUCGAUCAUCCAUUAAAUUCUGCACCCGAUAGUUCAUGGGCUGUUUAUUUUAAAGAAAAUGAAGUUUUAUUACAAAUUGAUAAAGAUGUUCGACGACUUUGUCCAGAUUUAUCUUUUUUUC